AUGGCGGAAGAGAGGGUGAAGAGGCCGAAGGGCGGAGACCUCGGCCGGGCGGAAUUGGAGGCGAGGAGAAAAGCUAAGGAGAUAGAGGAUUGGGCCGUUCUGGCCAAGGCCGCGAAGUUCACGGAGGUGCAAAGGGACGGUCCGCCUCAACCGAUCGUGCGGGAGAGGAUCCGACCGCACCCAAGGCCGUUGGGGGAAAAAGACUUAAGCAGUUUUGAGCCGCGGCCGCCGCCUGUAGACCCUGUAAAGGAACAGGCUAGAAAGGGGGUGGAGGCUCUAAAAAAGAAGAAGAAGAAGAAGAAGAAGAAGAGGAGUGCCCCAGAGGAAGCCGCAGAUGCGUCUGGGGCCAAGAGGGCUAAGGUGGCCCCAACUGAGGUGGAGGUCCCUGUGGCCAAGGACGCCCCAGAGGUGGUGGAGAUCAUCCCAACGGUGGAGGUUGUGGAGAUUGCUCCAUCAGUGCAAGUGAAGGCUGGGCCGACUGAGGCAGUGCCGAGCGAAAGGGAACAGGUCCAGAAGAGACCUGACCCCCAGGAAGGAGGGGUUCUUCUGGCUACGGCGAUCUACCAUGCGCGCGCGAAAAAGUUAGAAGAGUCUGAAAGGGCCUGCGCCGUGGCAGUCGAGCGGCAUGAGGAGGCCAUGACCAGCAAUGAAGAGCUGGUCAGGCAAAAGGAUGAAGCAGAUUCCAGAAUUGGGGAUCUAUUGAAGGAGUUGGAGGAGGAGCGUGCCAGAGCAGAGGAGGAGAAGGGGAGGCUUCUGAGGGAGUGGGAAAUAGAGAAGGCGAAGGCAGUGGCGGAGCUGGAGAGUCUGAAAAGGGGGGCGGAAGAGGAGAGGGCGACGGCGGCCGCUGAAAGGGGGGCCCUGCAACGGGAGCUGGACGAGGAGAGGGCGAGGGCGGCGUCUGAGAGGGCGGCCUACCCUGAUCUGUGCGUCGCAGUAGUGGAGCAAUAUAAAGGGUCCUCCGAAUUUUAG